AUGCGGCUCUACAUUGAAUUCAUCAACGUCUAUGCCAACUUCAUUCUCUACUGGGUUUUUGUGCGCAGAAAGCACGCAGAUAUUGUCAGGAAGCAGAUGGUAAUGACGUCUGUGUAUCUGCCCGACCAAACGAAUCAUUUGGCCAUUGUGUGGAGGUCAAUUAGUCCAAGAUACAGCCCUCCAAGUGGCGUCACUCCUCUUAUGCUUAUAGCACGGAAUCUUCAGUGUGACAUACUGAAAGGUCUGUUCCAGUACGGCAUGCCGGAGUGCGAGAGGAGACCUUUGUACGUCGUUAUCUCCAUCCUCUUCCAUCCGUCCAGCUUGGAGGAGACAAUGCAGAUAGCCUAUGGCCACACUCCUUUGUUGAAGGACUGGAGGCUGUGUAUUCCAACCAACCGUUGCCAGGAGCCCUGCGAACUCACCCACCUAUGCAGAGUGUCUGUGAGGGCAAGACUGUUGCUCACAGGAGGCCUCCCAGAUGCCAUUAAGAUCUUACCUCUUCCCACAUAUCUACAGCACUAUCUCAAUCUGAAGUACUGA